GAGUUUUCAAAAUGGCUGAAAAACAAAACGACAUUUUGCUGAAUAAUAGCCUAAACCAGGACGAAGUUGCCCUCGCUGUUGAACUUGCUGAAGCAUUACGAGCAGAUGAAGUUGAUAAAUUUCUCGAACUCUACGACAACAUCCCCAAAACCCUUGAAACAGAGCGGGUUGAUCAAGUCAAGGAAAUGGCACGACAGCUUGCUGCAUUGCCAAAAAAGCAGUUUGAAAUGUAUAGGGCAAAACCCAAAACACUUGUUGCAAGAGAGAUUUUAACUCUGCCAACGACUACUAUAAAUAUUUCGAACAAGUUUGGAAUUAAUGGCAUUCAYACUACUUCUACAGACUUUAAACUCAAUGAUACUUUUCUAAAUAUGACUCUCCAGUCAAAUGAAGAUACUAUUGAAACUGUUACUCCUCCUAGUAAUCCUAGUACAUCUGCUAAAAAGAAAGCCAAGAAGAAAAAGAAAAAAUCUUCAACUGCAUCUGAUCAAGCAUCUAAUGUAGAGAACGCGAACUCGAGUGUGAUAAUUGAAAAUAAAUUAUUAGAUUCUGGAGAGAGUGGUUCAAGAAUUGUGACAAUGAAUAAGAGUAUGGUYGCUGAUAUUUCUGUUGUUAAACCUGAGGAAAAAAGUUAUAAAAAGCAGUCAAUUGAGGAAAAUAUUGUGGAUACAACAGAGAAUGGUGUUGAACAACUGGACUCGGAAACAACGGACUCACCAGAAGAAUUACGUCAACUCUCUUCUCCACCAUUUGGUCAUCCUCUCUCAACUGAUAAACUCAUUCAGUCGGCCAUUGAACUACUUUCUUGUGAACCUUCCAAUGACAUCUACAAGAUUGAUAAUAGUGCUUCAAAUAAGGAACCAAGCAAAACUGACCCUCAAGACAUUAGUAGAUCCAGUAAUGUUUCGAUGGAUUCAUCUGUAGAUGGACCUCUAGUAGAUAAGGACAACCUAAAAGACAAUUCUAGAUCUCCUGAUCCAAUUGAUCUUAAAGUUGAUGAAUCUGUUGAUGGUGAUAUUUCUAAUUUGUCUGCCUGGGAUGAAGAUGAAGGGUGGCAGUCUCAAGGCAGAAGAUCUCAUAGAAAGAGAAAGAAGGACUUUCAAAGUAGAGAAAGAAGUAAUUCAGGCAAAAAAGACAUUCCAAAAGAAACAAAGCAAAAUAACAGAAGGCAAAAUCCUAGGGGUAGUCACAACAGAAACUUUAUUGCAAAGCCUAAUGAUUUCUCUAAUGGAUCAAAGACUUUGAAUUUGAAAGCAGAAAACGAUAAUGUACAAAAAAUAGAAAAAUGUAACAAAACGACUGAUAAUUCAACUUCAAUUUCAAAAACGGAAAAGGAAGAGAAAAAUAGUAGUAAUAACACUGGGGCUGUAUUCUCAUAUAGAGAUGCUCUUCUGAAAGCCAAAUCUAAACCCACWGAAGAAUUACAAUACAACAGUGACAGUGGAGUUGACGUGAACAGUGUUGGUUCAUGUGACUCAGCCAUACACUCCCCUAAAAUAGCUGAUGAAUUCGACUUAGAAGAAGCUGUCAAUUAUCUUAUGAAAGGUUGGAAUGAAGUGAAAGAGCUUCAUAAAAAAGGACAAGUGGUGUAUCACAGAGAUGUUGACAACCAACCUUCUGCCAGUAAGAAAAAGAACUUUAGAAAACCUGGUUGGCAUGGAAAACCAAGGCAUCAGACCAAGUAAACAAUAGAAUAUUGUUGUAAUAAGGGUAUCCCAUUGGCUUCAUGACAUGGAUUAGCCAUUCAAAUAGGUCGACAGAAAUAGCUCUAAAUUAAUUGACCUCUUUUGCCUUCAUUUAUCAGAUGGCAUCUUUCACAGUCUUUGAAAUAAUUGGACAUAAAUUGUCACUGAAAGUUGUACCAUUUUACGUGUAUCUUUAGUUUUGUGUUAUCAUUAAUAUUAUUUAGAAGUUAAAAACUAUGCAUGCCUCAAUUAAUUAAUCUCAAAAUUAUCCCAUUGAUUUUGGAUAAUGUAUGUUUGUACAACUGCUCCAAGGACAAAUUAUGUUCAUAACAUUUCUGUGUUUGUAAGAGGAAUAGAUUAGCUAUGCACACUAGUACAUACGUAAUUUAAGUCAUUUUUUCAGGUCACUAAUAUUUCACCUCAAUUUAAGGAAAUUAAUUCAAUUUUUUAUGACAUAAGCAGUCUAUGCUUUUCCUUUCUUGGGUUUUUCAGUGCACCACUAAAUAAAUGUAUUUAAUUUUUUUAUUAAUAUUACAUAAUGAACGCAAUUGGCAUUUUGAAAAAUAUCUCAUCCACUUGCUAUUAAAUGAAACUUAUUAAUAAUAUUCAUCACUAUCAUUCUAUGAAUGAAAAAAAAAAUGUUUAUAUGUACGUAAUGGGUGUAAAGUGAGAAUUUAGUGUGAAUAUUUUAACUGGGUUAUUUUUGUGAAAACAUUUGAUACAUCUAUUUCCAUAGAUUUUAAUACAUAUUGAAUAAUAAUUUUCUAAUUUAUUGACAUGCAUUUGAUGACAAAUUAAGAAGAAAAGAUUUAUAACAAGCUAAAGCAGCCGAUUUAGACUUUUGUGUGUGGAUUUAGAAAUUAUUCUUUUCACUCAGUAAGGCAAAAGCUAAAAAUGAUAUAUAACGUUUGAAAAACAUUUUAGGUGCUACAGUAUAGCAAAAUAUGCUGAAAAAAAAAACUGAACAAAAAUGGAUAUAAAUGGAUUUAACAUUUUUUGCAGUCUCAGCAGACUGAACCUACUAGAGUGUAUUUGAUAUAUCUGAUAUAUACAAAAUAAUUCUUAAAGUACCAAAGUUACUGGUUUUCCUUCUUCUGUGAAAGAAUUGUCAAAGGAUAGUUCAUAGUUAUAGUCUUCAAACACAUUGUUUUCUUUUGCUCACUAUAAAUAAGCACAAAGUAGGUAGUCAUUUUAUUUUAUUUUCACAGAGGAGAAAAAAAUACGACCUGUAUUUAGAAACUGUAGAUUUUAUUUCAAAUAUAUGAAAUGCACUCUAUUAGGUUGAAUUUUUAUGAUUUCUGAUGAACAUUUUUUGAGGGAUGUAUUUUGUGCGUUCUACUACUUUCAUUUUCUUGUGUUUUGCUGAAAUUUAGGGUAUUGAUUUAGUUAAUCAGAUUAAUUUAAUUACCAUAGCAAACAGAAUAAUAUGAAUUUGCAGGUUUUGCUAUUGGCAAUCAAAAAAUAGAAAAACAACACCAAAGUAAGACAAGAAAGGAAUGAAUUUGAUUUUUUAUAUAUUAGUAUAGAAAAAACUUUCUUGCUAAUAAUCAAAAUCAUUUACAUGAUUUGCAAAGCAUUG